AUGUGUGGGAGGGCGAGGUGUACUCUGAGAGCCGACGACAUCUCUAGGGCUUGCUGUCGGAAGCAUGGGCCGAUUCGUACUGUUAAUAUGGACCGGUAUCGGCCGUCGUAUAAUGUAUCGCCGGGAGCGAAUUCGCCGGUUGUGCGGAGAGGAGAUGGGGCUGAUGGUGGAGAAGACGGCGUCGUUAUUCAGUGUAUGAAAUGGGGACUGAUUCUGAGUUUCACCAAGAGAACGGAGAAGCUUGAUCAUUACAGGAUGUUCAAUGCUCGGUCUGAAUCCAUUUGUGAGAAGGCCUCUUUUCGGCGUCUGGUUCCUAAGAAUUGCUGUGUCGUUGCAGUAGAAGGGUUUUAUGAAUGGAAAAAAGAUGGUUCUAAGAAACAGCCUUACUAUGUCCAUUUUAACGAUGGUCGGCCUCUUCUGUUUGCUGCUCUUGAUUCGUGGGAGAAAUCUGAAGGUGUGAAACUUUAUACCUUCACAAUCAUCACUGCUUCUUCAUCUUCAGCUUUGGGUUGGCUCCAUGACAUGAUGCCAGUAGUUUUGGGUGACAAGGAAUCCGUUGAUACAUGGCUAGAUGGUUCUUCGCCUUCCGAUUUUGAUAAAUUAUUCAAACCAUAUGAAGGGACUGAUCUGGUAUGGUACCCAGUAACACCAGCAAUGGGUAAGGUGUCUUUUGAUGGGCCAGAGUGCAGCAAUGAGGUUAUUGUGUAUUCCUUUACACCUGAUGCAUAUCAUAAUUAUCAUUUGCUAAUAGGAAGGUUUUAG